UGAUAAAGUUUUAGCAAUUAAUAGCAAUAAGAAUUUUUGCUUGCUGUAGCCUACUUUUAAUUAUUUACAAAAGGUUUUAGUGUGCUUAUCGAAACAGGGCCUCUGUAGCGUUUUAGCCAAUAUAUAUUUAGCCCUCGCUUUCCUUUGCUUGCUGACCCCAUACCCAGAGUGAGAGACUGGGGUGAGGAUAUAAAUGUCAUCUGAUAUGCUUCAGCGGAGAAGUGAGUGGCGGGAGAGCAAGCACAGUCAUGGCUUGUGAAAAACAAACAGUAAAUACUCUCGACCAGGGCCCAAAUACAGAGAAAAGUGUAGCUGAACAGGAUCCAGAUGCUGUCAACGUUGCACCUGAUGUAGUGCUCCAAGUAGAAGAAGAAUCGUUUUUUGUGAACCGUGAGCGUUUGGCAAGACUGAGUCCCUACUUCCGAGCCUUGUUUUUUGGCGGGGGUCGGGAGAGCUCCAGGAAGCAUAUUGAGAUUAAGGGAGUUGGGCCGCAGCAGUUCCACACACUAAUGGAGUUCACAAAGAACUUGAAACUCACCCUGGACACCAAGAACGUCCUUGAUAUUUUGGAGGCAGCUGAUUUUCUCCAAAUCGACAAGGCUCGGUUACUUUGCUGCAAGUUCUUGGAAAGGCAACUGCAUCUUAGUAACUGCUUGGGUAUGAUGGGGUAUGCUUGGCAUCUUGGUUGUCUGGACCUUUACGCAGCAGCCCGGGAUGUAGUCUUGACACACUUGCCCGCCAUAGCCUCGGAGGAAGACUUAUUGUGUCUUUCGAAAGAGAGCAUUGCUGAUUUGCUUGCUAGCGACAACCUAAGCAUUCCCAGGGAAGAUCUGGUCCUUGAUGUAGCCCUUCGCUGGGCGACCUUUGAGCCAAGUCGGGAAGAAGACUUCAUGGAGCUGGUGGGCCUGGUUAGGCCCGAGUGCUUAAGUCUUCCCUACAUCACUGAUCUUCUGUCCAAGAUCAACAGUUCAGACCCACGAGCUAAGCUCAUUUGUAGGCUGAACGAUAACUUGCCCAGCAGCUGGACUAUGGGCAGGUCUGUGCCUAGGACUCGCUCGAGGGAAACUUUGUUUGUUCUCGGUGGACCGCAUGAAGAAGAAACGCAGCUGCUGUAUCAGUUUCAUCCCUACAGUGGAAGGUGGCAGGCACAUCCACCCCUGCAAAAGAAGUGUCUCACACAGUACUCCGUGGCUGCAGUAGGGGACAACAUAGUAGUGACUGGAGGCUACUUCCGGGAUGUGUUGUGGUAUAGCGUGGACUGGGUGAGCAUUUAUGAGCAUGGCAACAAUCGAUGGGUUGACGGUCCAGCGAUGAAGAAGUCCAGACACAGCCACUGUUCGGCAGCUCUGGACUUUCAGCUGUUCGUGUUUGGCGGUAGUAUGGAUGAAGGACCGGUGGCCGAUGUUGAAAGACUGGUGCUUGGAGCAGAAGAAUGGGAUGAGGUCAGCCCCAUGGUGCGGGCUGUAGAAAGAGCAGCCAUUGUAUCUCUGGGGUCUUCAAUUUAUGUGGCCUGUGGUCUGGAUGAAAAUGGAGAUGUUUACAGUGGGAUUCAGAGGUACAGGCCACGAGACGAUCAAUGGGAUGUGGUGUCCUAUUCUCCAUUCCCACGGCAAGUACAGCAAUUGUGUCCACGUGUGUCCAACAUGCUUUAGAGCAGGGGUCUCAAACUCGCGGCCUGCGGGCCAUUUGCGGCCCUCAGUGCAAUAUUUUGUGG